GAGCAAAAUUUAAAGAAACCGUCAGGAAGACGUCCAAGAAAAACGGCCGAGGUACGAAGAGGUCGUACACCGACAUUCUCUAAAAAACCUCUCCGACCUCUGCCCCGAGGAACGUGCGUAGAUAAGGCAUCUUCAGCACCACCACGAACGACGAAGAACAAAGAGGAAGCGUGUUUUCACUUGAAAUUUCAAUCGGGACGUUUGAGACUGUGAUCGACGUUUACUAUGAAUUACGUGACGAACGAGAUUCCUGAAACCGAGCGACUGAUCAGCAAUGAGAUGUUCCUGUCGACCGCACCGAGCCCCUCGGCCAUGCGUAACAAUGAAACCCGGACAGGUGCUGGAGUUUUGGGAACUGUCUUUCUAAUCGUCAAUGCUACCUUGGGAGCUGGACUUUUGAAUUUUCCUCAAGCAUUCGACAAAGCUGGCGGAGUUGGGACUUCCGUUGUGACACAGCUUGGUUUUCUUGUGUUCAUCACAGCUGCGCUAGUGAUACUGGCCAACAGCAGUGACUUCACGUACGCUGAUACUCUGCAGGAUGUAUUCGCUGAGCUUUGUGGGCCCAAGUCACUUAUACUCUGUGGAGUAUGCGUGGCCCUUUACAGUUUUGGCUGCUGUCUGACAUUCCUAAUAAUCGUUGGCGAUCAAUUCGACAGAGUGUUCGCCACAUUUUACGGACUUGACUAUUGUCACAUUUGGUACUUAUCAAGACCGUUCGUGACUGCUACGAGUUGCAGCUUAUUUAUACUACCCCUGUGCUUUUUCAAGAGACUGGACGUCCUGAGUUACGCAAGUUCCAUUGGCUGCGUAACUAUCGUGUACUUUGUAUGUUUGGUAACUUACAAAAGCCUCACUGAGCAUCGCGACGAUGUCCCGCCUAUGAAAAUCUGGCCAGACAAUGGAUACGAAGCUCUGCAGUUGGUACCCAUCAUCUGCUUUGCAUAUCAGAGCCACAUGACUGCGAUACCAACCUAUGCCUGCAUGAAGGACCGCCGUCUGGGCAAGUUCACGCUGUGUGCCGUGAUUAGUAUGCUGAUUUGCUACGGUGCGUACACCAUCGUAGGCAUCUUCGGGUACGCCGCGUUCGGUUCGGACCAUGUGCCGAGCGAUAUCCUGCAAGGCUACGACGACAAAAGCGUCUUACUGGCGGUGGCGAUAAUCGCCGUGGCGGUGAAGAACUUCACCACCUAUCCCAUCGUCCUGUACUGCGGCCGAGAUGCGCUUCUCGGUAUCUUCAACGUGGAUCGGAUUGGCGUCCGGGUGGUCGUCACUUUGGUCUGGUUCAUCUCGUCGUUGGUAAUCGCCAUUCUGGUGCCGGACAUCUCGCCGAUGAUCUCUUUGUUGGGGUCGUUAUCCGCGAUAUUCAUCUUCGUGCUGCCCGGCGUCUGCCUCUUACAGAGCGUGCUGCAGAAGGAUCCGCAGCUGUAUCUGAACAAGGACCGCCUGAUGAUACUGUUUGCGAUCCUCUUGACCGCCCUCGGUGCCUUCGCGUGCGGCGUCGUUUUCGUGGAGGCUCUCCACGACCUGCACAAAGAGCCGUCUGAGCCUCACCAGCUGAUCACCGGCUUCAGCAGGCAGCUCAGAGAGAGCUUGUGCGUUUGAUUAGCUCUCGAAACAUGAGAUUUGCGGAAGAUGUUAGUAAGACGGACUAAGGGGACCGCUCAACAUCACUGGUUGGAAUGAUAUUAGGAAACGUUGAUAACCCCGUCUCUCACUUAUUAUAAUCGUAACGUUAAGAUAGGUAAGAGAAAGACUGAUGUAUAUACAUUUUUAUUGGUAAGUUCCUUUUUACCGAUCGACUCCUCGUGCGCGCGAGUCACACGCGCGGUGUUUCUUUUUUUUUCUCUCUCUUACGUAAAUAACAUCAGAACGAUGUCUUCCUCCCGUUGAAUAAUAACGUGCUCGAUAAGUAUGUUGCACUUGUGAAUAUAAAUAAACUUUGAUACUCUUUUUA